CUCUUUCUUCUUCAUGAUUCUCAGUUUCUCAGUUCUCAGAAGAGUCUUUCGUCACCGUAGACAAAGAAAUCCUUAUUUUUAAACAAGAAAUUCCAAAAAUAUUACUCAGAUUUGUUGCUUUUGUGAAUCUUAUGAUUGAUCCAAGGCUGAAACCACUUUCCAAAUUUUAAAAUAAAAUUUGAUUUCUCGUUUGGCAAUUCGAAAGUCGAUCAUAUUGAUUCGGAUUUGUUUACCCUUUUCUUCAAUUGAAUGAGUAUGAUUUGGUUUACUGUAAUUUGAUCAAAGGAAAUGGCCGAUUGAGUUUCGAGGGAAGCUGUGAUUGAAGAAAAAAGUGAUGGAGAAGGAGACGAUUUUGUCCCCUGAAGAAUAUCCUCCUUCGUCUUCAUCGGAGAAUCCUCUUCCUUCUUCUCUUCUUCGGAGCCUUUACGCUGGACACUUCUUGGCCAGAUGGGGCGCUAGAAUGUGGGAAUUCUCCGUUGGUCUCUAUAUGAUCAGUGUGUGGCCGAAUUCUCUACUUUUCGCGGCAAUUUAUGGUGUGGUGGAAUCUGCUUCCACUGCUUUUUUGGGUCCAGUAGUUGGAGAAUGGGUCGAUAAGUUAGCAUACGUCAAGGUUCUGAAAGUUUGGUUGGUGACUCAAAAUCUUUCGUAUAUAAUUGCUGGAGUGACAGUGGUUGCAUUACUGUUCUACUCAGAUUUGAGAUCGAUCUAUUUCACAGGGUUCAUUUUGCUUGUGAUAUUGACCAAUGUCUCUGGAGCUGUUGGCGCACUUUCGUCUCUUGCGGGUACCAUCUUGAUUGAAAGAGAAUGGGUGGUGGUGAUAUCAGAAGGCCAUUCUCCAGAAGUACUGACGAAUAUAAACUCAACAAUUAGGCGGAUUGAUCUAGUCUGCAAACUGCUUAGUCCUGUAAUAUCUGGUUUCAUCAUUAGUUUCAUUUCAUUGAAAGCAUCUGCUUUGACUUUGGCGGUUUGGAAUAUCAUAUCGGUUUGGUUAGAGUAUUGGCUUUUCAUUUCUGUAUAUGACGGGAUUCCAGCCUUGGAAGAAAGCAGCCGAAGGAGGGUUUCAAGACUUGUUCUAAGAGAUGUGGAAGAGAGUAGUUCUGCUCCUCAACAAAUAGAGAGCUUACUUCCGAAUGACGAAGAUGGAAGAUCGGCUGAAAGGAAAUGGAAAACAAAAAUGAUCGACUGGAUUGCAAUGUUCCCAUUUACUAGUGCAUGGAAAGUGUACUUGCAGCAAGACACCGUACUCCCGGGGAUUGCUCUCGCUGUGCUAUUCUUCACGGUCCUUAGCUUCGGAACAUUAAUGACAGCUACCUUAGAAUGGGAAGGUAUGCCUGCCUAUAUCAUUGGACUUGCACGGGGAAUAAGUGCCACCAUUGGCAUAGCUGCAACACUUGUUUACCCUAUUGUACAGUCUCGAAUUUCGACGCUUCGAACAGGACUCUGGUCUAUUUGGUCUCAGUGGACCUGCUUAGUAGUGUGUGUUGCUUCAAUAUGGGUGCAAAACAGCCUCUGGUCAGCAUAUAUGCUGAUGAUUGGUGUGGCAACAUCUCGGCUCGGACUCUGGAUGUUCGAUUUGGCCAUCAUCCAGCAAAUGCAGGAUCAAGUCGCCGAAUCUGAUCGUUGUGUCGUUGGAGGCGCGCAAAAUGCUCUCCAAUCAUCCAUGGACUUGAUGGGAUAUGUUAUGGGAAUUGUCGUCUCAAACCCUCAGGAUUUCUGGAAGUUGAUUCUUGUGUCGUUCGCUGCGGUGACUUUGGCUGCGCUGCUCUACACCAUCCACCUCUAUCGCAUCAGAAAGCACCUCUUUCACUUGGAGAAGUUGGCUUCUUGCUGCUCAAGAUGGUCACCAAUUAGCUUCACUGUUAAUCCUCCUCUCUACUAAAGCUGAAAAACAUAAUUUCCCUUUGCUCAGUGUGUUCUUGUUUGAGUCACAUUGACAUUCUAUGAGAAAGAAAUGGACAAUAUUGAUGUUAGUUAGAGGCUAGGAAGGGCAAGGGGGUUACUUCAGGUCGGGUAUGUCCUCUCCAUCCUCGUACGGACUCGUCCUCCAUUUUCUUUUAAUAAGCACUGAAACUAUUACAUCUCCAAAAAA